GCCGCCAUUGUAGAAAGUGGCGGUUUGUUGGUUUCUAGGUUUUGAUUUUUGGUGAAUUAAAUCCAAGUAAUCCUUUUAUAUUUUAUGUUUUACAGCUUAGUAUUUGAUAUUUUUGAAUCCCGAGAGAACUGACCAAGGUCUAGUUCGGGGCACAUUGAUAUCUCCGAUGCUUCUAAGUGUGUUUGAAUUGAUAUGUCAACUGGGUAUGGAGUUGCAAAUACGAAGGGGAAGGAUGGACGGUUCCAUACGCUUAAUCUGACGUCGACUUACAAAGGAAAAACUAUUGAAAACCCUAAACCCUCUUCGGCAGUACGACAUGGCUUACAAAGCUUGGGAAAAGUUCAAAAUGUUCGUAGAGUUCCCCCGCCCGCUAGUUUGCCGAGUUUAAAGUCAGAAAAUUUAGGAAACGACCCGAAUAUUGAGCUAGUCCCUAAAGACGGCACAGGAUGGGGUUCGAAACAGGACCCAAAACCAGCAGCCUCCUCCAGUUCAGCAGCAGGAGUUGUAGGCUCUCAGCAGCGUGUAAAUCAGCAGCAGACGUCGGAAUCGCAGCACCAACGUCAGCAAGCCCGAUACACUCAGCAGCAACAAAUGUCAUACGCAGCAGCAAAUUCAAGCAGCAACAGCAAUUCUACGCAACAAAAACAGCCCGCACAGGCAGGCGGAGGGUGGGGAAGAUUUCCACGUAACACACAUCACCAAGGGGGAAACCAGGGUCAUUUAUCAGAUGAUUUCCCAUCUCUAUCAAAUACAAAGAGUACACAGCAGGAAGAUUCAGAAAGGUCUAAAGAAGUAAAUCAAUACGGUGCUAGUGGUCCAAGUUUAAGACCACAAAACAUGGAGUCCUGGAGAGAGGGAGGCGGGAGAAACGUUCCCCAAGUAGAUUCUGAUGAAAUAAGAAGUAAACGUCCGAUACAAGAUGAUCAAGUUAUCAGUGGGGAACAGAAUAUGAACAAUGGUGGCCAAAGUAUGCCAUCCAGAGAUAAUAUAAGCCACACUGGAAUGGGGCAACAUGGCAUGCAGUACAGGGGAAAUAUGCCCAAUAAUUAUCCUCAAUAUGGCCGAUAUCCACAUAUGAACAUGCCACAAGGUGGCAGUAGAUAUCCAACCCAGGGAGGGGCCCCCCAACAACAAGGACAAAUGAGAUACCCUCAACCACAAGAUCCAAGGUUCCGAGGGAUGUAUAUGAACCAGGGGCCACGACAACGAGCCCCGAACAAACAACAGGACGGAUACGGAGGGAUGCCGUCCAUCAUUUCACAGACAGAAUUAAAGGAAUUCGACCACCUAGCGAAGGAGCAUGAUGAAGGAUGGGCGGAAAUGCAUGGAGAAGUCGACUACAGUGAAAAACUAGUCUUUAGUGACGAUGAAGACAAUGGUGGCGGUAAUAAAGAAAAAGGGGGAAACAAACAUGCAGAUCAGCAUUUCGACCAUGGAAGACCAAAGGACGGCGACCGUUCUAUGCAUCCUCGUACUGCAUGGGGUCCCUCCCAACAAGGGGGGUAUGAUGGCGGUAUGGACCCCAACAUGGGGUGGAAUCAACAACAACAAUACUACCAAGGAAAUUACCAAGGACCCAGACCAAUGGGCCAGCGGGGCAAACCAUACGAAGGUCGAAUGCCACCACAAGGGGAAGCAUAUCCCUCUAACCAACCCCCGAGAUACAUGGGGCCGCAGAUGUACCCCCAGAAGCCCCACCCUUCUGAUGUGGAAGGGGCAGAAUCUGGAGGAUGGGGGAGGCAAAAUGACGAAAAAUUCCUUGCAGCGGAACGAGCAAAACGCAGAAGAGAAGAAGAAGAAAAAAGGAUGGCAUACGAACAGCAAGGUGCUGAUGGCAAAGCGGACGAAUACGACCGCCGAAUUCCUCGUAACCAUGGAGAAGCGGGGAGGUAUGAUAUGCCCGCUCAUGGAUUACUGAGGACACCAAGUGAGGAAUACAGACAAUAUGAAAAAAGGGGUCAACGUACAGAAAGUGAAAGCAGUGAUGAACGCAGAAAGAUGGAUGAAUAUUUCCAGAGAGGAGGAGCGGCCCCCUAUCCUGCCGGCAGUGGGUCGGCACCACCCGGUGGUAGAAAUUUACCACCUAGACUCGCAGCCCAGAAAAAACAGGAGGAAAUGCGCUGGAAGGAAUGGGGCUGGGGUUACGGUCAGCCACAGCAAUCACAGCAAUACGACCCCAGACAACAAUGGGGGCAAUACCCCCCCCAACAUUACGGACAGCAGUCGGCUGACCCCAGGCCUCGUCCUCAUGCUAUCAUGAAAAGAGAGCGUGUUGAAAGUGAAGGAUCUCAUGAUGCGGAAUCUGGAAGAACCCGCAAGCCGUCAGAAGGCUCUACAAGAUCCCAGCAUAGUGGAAGAGCAACCCCCGCUGAUAAGGAAAAUGAAAGGCCAUCGGAUCGUCGUCCACCUUCAGUUCAGUCCCGAGAAUAUUAUCGCCAUGGUGACGGUAAAGAAUCUCGUCGUCGUGACAAUGCUGUAGGUGAAGAAGCGCCACCUAGGGAGCAAAAAUUAUGGGAGCCGAAAAAAGAAGAGAAGCGGUCAACCAUUAAAAGACAAUCUUCGAGAGAAAGUUCUGCCUCGAAUGCGUCAACAAACGAAACACGACGAAAUAACCAACAAAAGGCUUUGUACUCGAGAAAUGACGGCAAACCAGUUGUCACAAAGCGUGGCAGCUCUCAUUCCGACAAAGAUUCUGGGAGUACGAAGGGGGUGGAAGCAGCCACUGACUCGAGGCCCCGAUACCAACGAGAAGCCCCGAAUGAUCCGGCCAAAUCUCGUCAUGAAAUGAGCCGAUCGAAAAUGAAAUUCAAGGAUUUUAGAGUGGAAGAACCCGAUGAAUAUGAACAGAAAGACCGGAAAAGAGAUGGAAGCAAGAAAACAGGUAAAGGCAAAACUGAUAGCCGAGGCAAAGAUGAAAAUUAUAAAAAAGAACCAAAAACUUGGAAUAAAGAGGCAACUGCUCAGCCAAGCAGAACGGCGGAAACAAGAGAGAGAAAAGAUGACUCAAAAUCAAAACCAGAGGGGGAGAAGAAGACUUCGGACUCAGUAGCCGCACCCAAACCUGCUACCCCCAUGGAUUCUGCUAAUCAGUCCAGGAGAGAAACCGCAACAUCACGUCAGAGCUCUAGGAAUGAGGAUAAAAGAGAUAGAGGAGCUCGACAAAAUGAUCGUCGUGACGACAGGGAAAAACCUGACAAUCGUGAUAAGCGAGAUGACACAAGAGACAUCCGCCGUGACGACAAUCGUGACACGAGACGAGAAGAUAAUCGAGAUAAAAGAAGAUUCGAAACUCAGCGCUACGACGUCAGAGAAAGGCAACAACAGAAGAAUAAAGAUAAAAAAUUUGAAACAGUUCCACAACGCCAGCAGUCUCAGACUGAACCAUCUAAGAAGUCCGAAACGAAACAGACAGGACAACUCACCCCGACACCGAUGUCAAAACCUGCAACUGCUGAUCCCGUGAAAGGCCAAGAGAAGCCACCAACUCCCGUCCCAAGCAAACCAUCCACGGUACCAGCCCAACCUCCAGGCACCAAUGUCUGGGAAGAGAGGAAGAAAAAGAUGCAGACUGAAGCCGAAAAAACUGUAACAUACACCCCCACUGAAGAUGACAAAAAACGAACGUUGAGGGAAACUGCUCCCAAAGCUGUCGAAGGGAAGCCAGAGAUUAAGAAAACUGAAGAAAAACCAAGUUUUGAUAAAAACGAAGAUUUGAAAGAUGCAAACAAGAAUCGCGAUUUUGAAAGCCGGCGACCAGUUUCAUCUCGUCAAGACUCGUAUUAUCGAGAAAAGAACAGUUCAAGGAGAGGUCAAAGUUCGCGACCACCAAGGUCAGAUCGAUACACAGAACGUUACUAUGAUGAACGUGGCACUGGUCGUGGUAGAGGCUGCGGAAGAUCUCGAGGAGGUGGAAGUUACAGCCGAGGCGCUCCAAUCAGAGGCGGUCAUUCUCAUUACGAAAGAGGAGCGUCUGUCAGUACUCGUGGGCGAGGAACACGUGGUGCAAGGAGAGGAUUCAGAACUGCACCCCCCAGAGGAGGCCAUGAUCAUCGGCCCAGGACAGCUCCAUACAAAAGUUCAAAAUACCAGCGGGAUGACCAUGUAGACGGAGAAACAACCGACUCUGAGUUGUAUGUUUCAGAUGAAUUUGAGCCUAUAUCUACCCGGAAGCGUGAGAUAGGGGAACACUCGGAGGAAUACACAGAUUCUGAUGAAAGCUACUCAGAAGAUGAGGAGCCUGGCGUACAAUCAUCCAAUAAACCGAAAAAUGACUCCAACGCUAAAGAAAAUCCAGCCCAAGAUAACACGAAAAUCGAGCAAAUGGCGUUAGUAACCAUGGUGACCGUCAAGAUUCCACACGCCCACCUAGAGACCGACCAAUCAAUACAAGGGGGCGUGGCAGCUCAAUACCAUUCUCUGCUCGAGGAGAACCUUCUAGACGAGGGCGUGGGAGAGGGUUUGCCAGUUCAUCCACAAGAGGGCGUGGGAGAGGAAUUUCAACCCGAGGGGGUGCAAGAUCUGCUCCCCCAUACCCAGGUCGUGGCCAAAGAUUGAAUAAUGAAAAUGGUUCUCAACAUUCCAUGUAUACCUCCAUUGAGCGUGAACCGAAAGGACCUCCAAGUAAUGGUAGCAGUCGACCGCCUCGCGGAGGUGGUCCAUCACGGGGAGGAGGCAGUAGAGAGUUUCUUUCAAACGAUAGAAGAAAG